AUGGCCGGACGCAACUUCAACCAACUCUUUCCACCUAAGCCAACAUUUACAGAAGACGAGUUGCCAGACCAAAGUGGCAGAGUCUUCUUCAUCACCGGAGGAGUUUCCGGCAUCGGCUUGGAACUCUGCAAGAUCCUCUAUGCCGCCAAUGCAACAAUUUACAUUGCGACAAGAUCCGCCUCUAAGAUUGCCACAGCUAUCAAGGAACUCGAAUCACUUUACCCAUCGAGUCAAGGACGUCUCGAGUCGCUAGUGCUCGACCUUUCGGAUCUCACAACAAUCAAGCCAGCAGCAGAUUCUUUUCUCGCCAAGGAAACGAGACUUGAUGUUCUUGUUCACAAUGCAGGCGUCAUGAUGCCUCCCAAGAACAGCAGGAGCGCCCAAGGCCAUGAAUUGCAAAUGGGUACAAACGCUCUGGGCCCCUUCCUCUUGACCAGAUGCUUGCAAGAGAGAUUGCGUGAUACAACUGCGAUGCAAGGAGUCGCUAAGGGCAGUGUGAGAGUUGUGUGGAUCGCCAGCAUGAUUUCCCUGGGAGCCCCGAAAGGUGGCGUCGUUUGGAAUGCUGCAAAUGACGCACCAAAGGAGUUGGGCGACUCGAUGGGUGAUUACAUGCAAAGUAAAGUGGGUGUGGUAUUCUUGGCAAAAGAAUUCGCAAAUAAGACGGAGAAUGGUGGUAUCAUCUCGGUGGUAAGUGGACGUCGCACCCUUUCGAGCAAGGUCUUGCGACUCACGAUACACAGAGCGUCAACCCAGGUCUUGUAA